GGGCGCGGGGACUCGUGAGAGCGCAGGAUUGCGACAGACAAGUCCGGUCUGGCUUCUGCUGAAUCACCCAAAAAACCCUCCCUGGCUCCAGAAGAGCGUGUGGGGAUCCCGGAGAGGAUAGGGGGAUCCAAGACAGGUUGAGCCUCCGCAGCCAUGUCGGCCAAAAACGCCACGGUGCCAGCAGAGGCAGGGCCGGAGAUGGAGAACGUGGUGAGCCGGGUGGCCAACCUGGCCCUGGUGAGCUGUGCCUGCGGGGCCGUGGCCUCGGCGUACGGCCGCACCAAGGAGAGCCACCCCUGCGUGCGCUCCGUGUGCGACGCUGCUGAGAAGGGGGUGAAGACUCUGACGGCAGCGGCAGCGAGCGGGGCCCAGCCCCUCCUCACCCGGCUGGAGCCCCAGAUUUCCACCGCCAACAAAUUCGCCUGCAAAGGGCUGGACAAGUUGGAGGAGAAGCUGCCCAUCCUGCAGCAGCCCCCAGAGAGGGUGGUGGCCGGGACCAGGGAGCUGGUGUCAUGCACGGUGAGCGGGGUGGUGGCGAGGACGCGCUCGGCGCUCGGGGCCGUGGUGGGCACCCGCGUGGGACGGCUGCUGGCCACGGGCGUGGACACGGUGCUGGGCAAAUCGGAGCAGCUGCUGGGUCGGUACCUUCCUGGGACGGACGAGGAGCUGGCGGCAGCGGCAGCCACAGAGGUGGCCACAGGCACGGAGGUGACCAGGAGCAUGGAGGUGACCACGGGCACAGAGGACAUCAGGGACACAGAGGAGAUCAGGGACACGGAGGUGACCAGGGGCACGGAGUUGGCCACGCAGGAGCGGCAGAGGCGGUGGCAGAGCUACUUUGUCCGUGUGGGUUCCCUGUCAGCCAGGCUGCCGCACCGGGCCCUGCGGCGCUCGCUGGGGGACCUGCAGCGGGCACGGCUCCGUGCCCAGCGGCUCCUGGCCCAGCUCCACCACGUCAUCCGCCUGAUCGAGGAGGGGCAGCAGGGCACGGACGGGCCCUGGCACAGCGCCCGGGAGCACCUGCACAGCCUGUGGCUGGAGUGGAGCCAGCACCAGGAUGAGGUGCCCAUGGAGGACGGUGAGGUGGAGGCUCGGACCCUGGCCAUGCUCCAGGGACUCCUGCACCAGCUCCACUCCGCCUGCUCCCACCUGGCCGCCGGCGCCCGGGCAUUCCCCAGCAGCGUGCAGGAGACAGCGGGACACGUCCGGCACGGCGUGGAGGGUGUCCAGGCUUCCCUGGCCAGCGCCCGUUCCUUCCAGGACCUGUCGGGGCUGGUGCUGGCGCAGAGCCGGGACGCGGUGACGCGGGCGCAGCUGAGCCUCGAGGGGCUGCUGGAGCACGUGGGGCAGCACACACCCCUGCCCUGGCUCGUGGGACCCUUCGCCCCCGCGCUCGUGGAGUACCCGGAGGAUGUCCCCGUGGAUAUGUCCAAGUGGGAGGGCUGUGUCACCGUGGGGGGGACGCACCAGGUGCCCGCUGCCCCCCAGGUCUGCAGCCAGCACUGAGCCACUGGGCUGGGGGAGCACCCACCCAGAUCCACGACCCCAAAUCUCACCGGGAAUGAGGGGAUGAUGGACUUUGUG